UCAGACCUCUGGAGUGUAAGGAUGAAUAAUUUACCAGUUAACUUGGCACAUUCACGUGGACGUGGACGUGGUAYUAACCGCAAUGAAGAUUUGAAUCGUGGACCGGCGCCCAUGUUGGGUCAACCAGUGGAACAACCAUUGGGCACCACGUCCGAAUCGAGUGGUCAGCAGGAUGACAUCCGUAAAGCAAAUCUUUGCUCAGAAGGGGCCGAGGGUGAUGCUCGUGGCUCGCUUCGGGGCCGUCGCAUACUAUCAGACGUGGUUCACUCCCGACCAACUGGCCUGGUCACCAAAGUUGGCUCUACAGGUCGCAAAAUCACUGUGCAAACCAAUUACUUUAAGGUGAAGAAGCCACCUAACUGGACCAUCUAUCAAUAUCGUGUUGACUUUGUCCCAGACGUGGACAAUACCAGACUGCGUCGUGGUCUGUUGAGUGAGCAUCGUCAGCUUCUUGGCGGCUACAUAUUCGACGGGACAGUCUUGUUUUGCAUAACCCAGUUCAAGCAAAUUCCCAACUCACCUUAUGUAUUGGAGCUGCUGACUAAAAAUCGUGGUGGUGAAAAUAUACUUAUCAAGAUCAAGCAUGUGGGCACCGUGGAAUCAGCAGACAAUCAGCAAUUUCAAGUGCUUAAUCUGAUUCUAAGACGUGCCUUGGAGGGUCUUCAGCUACAGCUGGUAUCACGUAACUUUUUUGAUCCCCAAGCAAAGAUUGUCUUGGAUAGAUUCCGUGUCGAGCUGUGGCCCGGCUAUACAACUUCCAUUCGCCAACACGAAUCGGACAUUCUGUUGUGCACUGAGAUCGCCCACAAGGUGAUGAGAACUGAUAGCUUGUAUCACGUUCUAUCGAAAGUUAUUCGCGAAAGCGACGACUAUCAAGCGGCCUUCAAGCGUGAAGUGAUUGGUGUGAUUGUUUUGACUGAUUACAACAAUAAAACAUAUCGCGUGGAUGAUGUGGAUUUUCAAGCCUCGCCCAUGUCCACAUUCAAUAGCAAGGAUGGAGACAUUACCUAUGUGGAAUACUACAAGAAGCGCUAUAACAUCACAAUUCGCGAUUAUAAGCAACCGCUUCUGGUGUCUCAUCCCACCCAGAAGAACAUUCGUGGUGGUAUUAACCAAUUGAUCAUGUUGAUACCGGAACUGGCACGCGCUACAGGCCUGACUGAUGAGAUGCGCUCAAACUUUCAAUUAAUGAAAGCCAUGGGAGAGCAUACGCGUCUCAUGCCCAAUCGUCGCAUAGAUCGCUUGCGUGUCUUUAACCAACGCUUGCAAGAGUCCCAGCAGAGCGUCGAGGUGCUGAAGUCCUGGAACAUUGAGUUGGACAAGUCUUUGGUCGAGAUACCCGGACGCGUGUUGCCCUCAGAGAAAAUUGUGUUUGGCAAUCAGAAGCGCUUUUUGUGCGAUGCUCGCGCUGAUUGGACAUUUGAGUUUCGCAGUAACUCUAUGUUCACUCAUAUAGAUAUCAAGCGCUGGUAUGUAAUCACGCCUCGUCGUAGCCUCCGGGAGACUCAGGAGUUUGUAAAAUUGUGCAUCCGUGCAGCGUCCGGCAUGAAAAUGCACAUUUCCGAGCCAAGAUACGAUGAAAUGCCAGACGAUCGUAGUGGCAACUAUUCGCAGGCGAUUGACAACGCCGUCGCUCGGGAUCCACAGAUUAUUAUGUUGGUUCUGAAGACCAACAACGAGGAGAAAUAUAGCUGCAUCAAGAAGCGUACUUGUGUCGAUCGUCCGGUGCCCUCGCAAGUGGUCACACUUCGCACGAUUGCUCCACGCCCCGAACGAGCAAGUGGUCUGAUGUCGGUUGCAACGAAGGUUGUUAUCCAAAUGAAUGCCAAGCUAAUGGGCGCUCCGUGGAUGAUUGAACUGCCGCUUCGUGGCUUGAUGACUGUUGGCUUCGAUGUCUGCCACUCGUCGAAGAAUAAGAACAAAUCCUAUGGUGCUCUGGUGGCCACAAUGGACAUGAAGUCAUCUACUCGUUACUUUUCUUCGGUUAGCGAGCAUAUGAAGGGCCAGGAGCUGUCCGAUCAAAUGUCCUUGAAAAUGACGUGUGCCCUAAAGGCAUAUCGCGAGCACCAUGGCGCCCUACCAGAGCGCAUAUUAUUCUACCGUGAUGGCGUUGGCGAUGGACAGUUGUACCAAGUGGUUAACACGGAGGUAAAGUUUUUAAAAAAUCAGCUCGAUCAGAUCUACAAAUCCGCUGGAAAGGAAGAAGGUUGUCGCAUGGCUUUUAUUGUCGUCACUAAGCGUAUCAAUACACGCUACUUUGUCAAUAUGCGUAAUCCGGAACCGGGGACAGUAAUAGACGAUAUUAUAACUCUGCCUGAACGUUAUGAUUUCUUCUUGGUGUCGCAGGCAGUGCACCAGGGCACAGUCUCUCCGACAAGCUAUAAUGUUAUUCACGACAACAUGGGAUUGCAGGCGGACAAGCUGCAAAUGCUGUCAUAUAAGAUGACCCACAUAUACUACAACUGGUCGGGCACCUGUCGUGUACCGGCCGUCUGUCAAUAUGCUCAUAAGCUGGCUUUUCUAGUUGCCGAAAGUAUUCAUCGUUCUCCCUCGUCUGGCUUGGAGAAUCAACUAUACUUUUUGUAAUAAUAAUGCUCUGACUAACAAUAUAUACUUUAAACAUCUAAUAGAAGACUGUCCCGGAGAUGACAUGUGGAACUAUACUCAGMUUUAGUUUCUACUACAUAUAUUUAUUUAUUUCAUGUGAAAUAGUUGACAAUUAAAAUUCGAACGAAAUUGGAAAGACCGGAAAAUUGUUGAGUACAAUUGGAUGAACACUUCACAUUGUCGACCUAUUCCCUUGGASAAUUUAUUUUAUUUUAUUUGUAUUGAAAUGGUUGUAUAUCUAAAUAAACUUGAAUUCCAAUAUGCCUGUCAUCGUAAAUUAUUGUAGUCUACUUCUGUGCAGCUCGGAGACAAACAUUGUCAACACUCAAGUCUUUUAAAUAAAUUAUUUCAACUACAAAAUGUAGGUUGUAAAGUUUACAUCAGCGCUUUCAUUUAUUAAUUAAAACUUCCAAUUGAAGCACAAUGCGGAUUUCAUUAGGACUCUACUUUCACAACGGUCGUCUUCUCCGACACGUAUAGACCGUCCAAGAACUUACGAAUAUCCUUGUUUUUAACGGUGGUCGAUUGUUGGAUGAGUGCCGCGGAGCCGGA